AUGACGGAGGCGGUGAAGACGACGAAAAUAACGCUGCAAGAGAGCACGAACGCGGCGGUGAGCGCGGAAGCGCCGACGGAGGCGCUGUGGACGGGGAGUAAGAUGGCGGAGGAUGAGACGCGAAACGCGCGCGCGGCUCCGGCGAGAGAUUUGCAGAGCAUGCGCGCGCGAUUGGACGCGGCGAGGAAGGAGAGCGCGGCGGUGAAAUCGGAUGGUGGCGAUGUGAGCGCGGUUCCGGUGGCGGCGGCGAUGGCGACCGUACCGGUGGUGCCAGUGAGCGCGCCGAUGGAAGUACCGGGCGCCGUGGCGCCGAGCGGCGUCGCGACGCUCUAUCGAGAGUACUACGAGAACGAGGACUUUAUCGAUAAAUGCGAGCGGGCGAUCAAUUUCAGACCCAAGGCGCGACCGCACGAUUACAAGAAUCGCAUAGACGAGCUGACGAACGCGGUGAAGGCUUCGAAGGACUGCCUGAGGCACGUGUUCCAGAACGGCGCCAACUUUUCAAAGGAGUUAGAGCGGCACGAGGCGAACGAGAAGCAAUCGUUCGACGCGCUUGCGUCACAAAUGGACGUGUUCAAGGCGUCCGCGGUGGCGGCCGAGGCGGAGUCAAAAAAGUUACGUGCGCAAAUCAAGGCGCUCAAGAUGGAAGCGAGCGAAAAGGAGGCGAGCAUGGCAAGCGAACGCGAACGCGCCGAGGGCUCGCUCAAGGAGGAGAUGAGCGCGGCCAAGACGGCGCUUGCGGCUCUGGAGAAGGAGUUGGCGAAAAAAUCCAAAGAACUCGACGGCGCGGCGAGCAAGUACGCCAAGCUCGAAUCAUCUUUCACAGAGUCUUCCACGCGCGAGAGCGUGGCCAAGGAGGCGAACAGUAAGCUCGAGCGCGACGUUAAGCAGCUCAAGACUGAGGCCGAGCAAGCCGAACUCACGUUCGCAGCCGAACGACGCGCUUUGGAAGGUCAGCUUCGUAAGCAAACGAGUGAGCUUGAGGCCGAACGCGCGCGUGCUACGGCGCAGCGCGCGCAGCUCGAGGAGAGCCUUCGAGAAGCCAACGCCGAAGUUGAGUCGCUUCGAGUGCGCGUGAAUAUGGCUGAGGAAGCUGCGGCGCGCGAAGCACAGCAACUCGGAAGCUCGGCGGAAGAAUUGAAGUCGAAGAUUCAUGCACUCGAGGCUGAAUUGAGCGAUGUCAGAGCCAAGGCGACUGCGGAUGAAAUCGCUUCAAAGGACACCAUUGCUCAGUUGCGAGCUGAAGUCAAGGAAUCUAAGAAGGCCGUCACCAAGAACGAGAACCUUCUCACGAAGAAGACUGCGAGAGUUGAAAAACUGGAGAGCGAGCUCGCGGCUCUCAACGGUGAGCACUCGUCUGUGCACAGUCAGGUGGAAAACCUCGAGGCGAAGAUUGCCGAGCUGAAGUCUACAAACGGAGAGCUGAAGGCAGAUUUCACGGCGACGAGCGCUGAACUCAAGGCUAGAAAUGAAGAUCUUCUUUCGCUGAAGGACGAGUACAAGUCGGCGAGUGAAACUUUGACGCAACUCAAGACCUCAUUCGAGAGCGAAAAGGCGAUGAUGGCCUCCGAAUUGAAGCGCGCGGAGAAGGAUGUCAAGCGCGCCGAGUCUGAUUUGGCGGACGCCAAGCUGCAAUCGAAGAGUCUUAUCGAACAGCAAACUCUCAUGAUGGGCGAGCUCAAGCAAGUGCGCGAAGAACUCGCAAGUAUGGAAGCCGAUCGUAGAGAUCAACUCGCCAACGGUUCUGCGACGUUGCAGGAAGUUCAAAAGCAAGCUCGUGAAGAUAUGCAAAAAGCGGAAGAUCGACACCACGAGGCCAUCGCGGAGGAGCGCCGCAGAGCCGACAAGGCUAUCGCAACGGCGCAAGACAAGGCGGACAAAAAGUUACAAACGGCCAUGUCAAAGGCUGAAGAUCGCGUCAACAAGGCGAACGAGAAGGUGGAGGCUGCAGAAAAGCACUCCGCGGAGCUUGAGAAGAGUUUGGCAAAGCUCCAAAAGGAGCUCGAGAAGACGUCCAAUACAUCCUCCGAGCAGGUCGCCAAUCUCCAAAAAGAGCUUGACGAGGCGAACGAAAAGCUUGAGUCUCUUCAAAAGGAGCUCGAUGACGAGAUCCAAGGCGCCGCCGAAGAGUUGGCGGCAGUGCAGAAGGCUGCUGAGGACAAGGUGAACCGCUUGAGCGAGAAGCACAAGCGUGCGCAACAUGAACUUGAGGCUCACCUCGCGGAGAAAGUGAAUGGUGCACAGUCAAACGCUGAGGAGCGUAUCAAGGAGAUCAGUGCCAACCUCGAAGCCGAGCAAGUCAGAUUACGAAAGGCGGAAGCGAAGGUUGAGAAGUUGCAGACGGAGAAGGAGCAACUUGCUGAAAAGAUGCAAGACAAAUUAUCGAAAGAGACGGCGACUGUUGCCGAGCUUCAAGGCGAGUUAAAGACGCUAAACAAAGAGUUGAAAGCAAUGUUGAGCGAGCGAGACGCUCUGUCCAAUGAAAAGCAGUCCCUCGCUAUCCGACUUGCAGACCUCGAGUCAACUCAGAAGAAGCUCUCAGAGGAAGUGGAAUCUGUCGGUGCAAAACACGAGAAGAAGAUGGGCAAGCUCGAAACGCGUCUCAAGGCGAUGGAAGCUGAACGCGACGCUCUCGCUGGCGAGCGUGACGCUCUCGACUCGAAGAUCAAGGCCGUUGAACAAGCAAAGGCAGACAUUGAGUCGCGCGCCGAGGCUGCGUUGAAGGAGAAGGCUGACAUGGAACAGCAAUUGGCCGAGUUCGAAACGGCGAAGCAAGAAAUGGAAGCCGCGCAAGAGCGACUUAAGGCUAGCGAAGAAGCUGUCAAUGGUCACGAAGCCAGAAUCGCUGGCGUUGUCGCGCAACUUGAAAGCGAACAGAAGGAAGUUGAACGACUCGAGAAGCAGCUCAAAGAGAGCACGUCUGUUCAUAAGACCACGCUUGAAUCGCUCACGACCGCUCAAAAAGCGCUCGAACGCGAACGCACUGAACUUCUCUCCGAACUCAAUGCGUUGAAGGAGGCAGACUCUUUGCGUAAGAACAAGGAGGGUAACGAGCAGAACAAAGCUUUAGAAGCUCGCCUGCUUGAGCAAACUCGCGAAGUUGACAACGCUAGACGCAUCCUCAAGGAAUCGGAAGAGCUCCGACUCCAACUCGAAGAACGACAAGCCCGCAUUCAAGAGCUCGAGCAUCAAGCACUCGAGGCUGAAUCACAGCGACGCGCUCUCCACAACCAGAUUCAAGAGCUUCGUGGAAAUGUGCGAGUCUUCUGCAGAGUGCGCCCCACGGAGAACGAGCCGGCAGUGAAGUGCGCGCCUGACGGAAGCUCCUUGAACCUGACGCGUGCCGAUGGUAAGGAAAAUGCCGCGUUUGAGUUUGAUAGAGUGUUCGAUCCCUCUUCCAAGCAAGACGAAAUAUUCGAAGAAGUCUCACAACUCGUGCAAUCCGCUCUCGACGGUUACAAGGUGUGCCUGUUUUCGUAUGGACAAACCGGUUCGGGAAAGACGCACACGAUGUUGGGCGAAGGUAACGGCGAUAUGCAAGGUAUCAUCCCCAGAUCUGUCGCAAAAAUCGUUGAGGCAUCCGAAAAGAACGCGCACAAGGGCUGGAAGUACACCAUGCACGCCUCUUACGUUGAGAUUUACAACGAACAAGUACGCGAUUUGCUCAAGCCAGGCAGCUCGCACAGCGACAAACAUUCGAUCGUACACAAGAACGGCGUCACCGAAGUUAGCGGUGUUCAGCGUGAACACAUCGACUCCGUAGAGUCCGCCGCGGCGUUGGUCCGACGCGCCUCUGCGGCGCGCGUCGUUGAAGCCACGAACAUGAAUGCGCAGUCGUCUCGCUCUCACACUAUCUUCAUGUUGUACAUCGUCGGCGAACACGCGUCGAGCGGUAGUGAAAUGACCGGAUGCUUGAACCUAGUUGAUCUCGCCGGUUCCGAGCGCGUUGGUCGAUCCGGUGCCGAAGGCAAGCGCUUGAAGGAGGCGUGCGCUAUCAACAAGUCUCUGUCCUCGCUUGGCGAUGUCUUCUCCGCGCUCGCGGCGAAGCAAGCACACGUGCCGUACCGCAACUCCAAGCUCACCUAUUUGUUGCAACCGUGUCUCGGUGGUGAUGGCAAAACGCUGAUGUUUGUGAACAUCAACCCGGAAACGGCCAGCGCGGAAGAAACCAUGUGCUCGCUGAAGUUCGCCGCUCAAGUGAACGCUGUUCAACUUGGCGACGGAAAAGGUGCACAACGACGCAUCACGACCAAAAUGAGCGCAAAGUCCGAGGACGCUGCCGAUGAAAAGAAGGAGAAACCGCGAAAGGAAAAAGAAAGCGGCGAGCGCAAACGAAAGGCGAUCUCGUCGAGCGAACCCAGAAAGAAGUAA